AUGUGCAGGCUGUUGAACAUCAAGGCUGGUUUCAAGCACAUCAGGACCUGGAGCAGGAGCAUCUCCUCCUUCCCUUCCCUGGCACUUCGAGGAGUUCAGCGCUCACUGCUAGGGGCGCUGACCCUGAGGAGCAGGCGGAACUUGACCACCGCGGCCAUGUCAGGAGGAGGAGGCGACGAGAGGCUCCGCGUGUUCUUCCGCAGGGAGGCCGACAGGAACGUCCUGCUGAACCAGCUGCAUGACAGCGACAGGAUGCUGCUCGACACCAGCGGCGAGAGUGAGGGCAGAAGAGACUUUGACAUGGACAAAUUCUUCUCCCACCUGACCACGAGGCGACUUGGCAACGUGGUCAUCUACAACCACAGCUUGUCGUCGACCCAGGAGCUGAUGAUGACGCGGCUCAAGAGCGAGGCUGAAGGGAUCUUGUGCGUCUCCGAUGUCCAGACUUCCGGCAGGGGUCGAGGAGAGAACCGCUGGACUUCUCCUAAGGGCUGCCUGUGCUUCUCCUUCAGCACGGGGCUGGAGGAGGCAAGGCUCCUGCCCUUCUUUCAGUAUGUCGUCUCGAUCGCCAUGUACCAGGCGAUCUCCGAGCUGAAAUGGCCCAAUGACAUUUACGGAUCAAAAUCACAGAAGAUCGGAGGCGUUUUAUGCCAGUCGACCGUCUCCUCCCCUCAGCACAAAAAGCUCAGCGGGCACUCCUACCGGGUUGUUGCUGGCGUCGGAGUCAACACCCUCAACUCUGAGCCGACCACGUGUGUCCGUGACCUCGUCGACCAGUCGUCUCUCAAGGUCAACGCUCAAAGAGUCUCCCGCGAGCUUCUCCUCGCCGCCUUCUGCAAUCACUUCGAGCAACUGGAGGAGGAGUUUUCCUCCCAGGGCUUCAGAGGCCUCAAAGACUUGUACCUUCAUGCAUGGAUGCACAGCGGGCAGAGAGUGCAGGUGCAGGUUGAGGAUAAAAGUGAGACGCCGAUCACUGUUGAGAUCGUCGGCAUCUCGCCCUCCGGCUUCUUGAGUGCUGUGGAUGACAAGGGCAAUGUGAUCGAGCUUCAUCCGGAUGGAAACAGUUUGAAUAUGUUACAAGGUCUGAUAUACAUGAAGAGAUAG